AUGGGUGAUGCUUUUUCUAUAGAUGAGGCCCUUAGACAAGCAAAAGAUUCCUAUAUUUCCACAUUUCCAGAGUCCCAGACGCGGUAUGAAGAGGCGCUCGAGGUGAUGCCUGGCGGGAACACUCGCUCAGUCCUUUUCACCGCACCAUUCCCAGUCUUCAUGAAGAAGGGAAAAGGAAAUCGAUUAUGGGACUGUGAUGGAAACGAAUAUCUUGACCUCGUGGGCGAGCUCACAGCCGGGCUGUACGGCCAUUCCCAUCCCAGGCUGCGACAAGCCCUGCUGUCCGCCUACGACACCACCGGCAUUAGUCUUGGGGCCACAACGACGGAAGAGAUGAGGUUUGCCAGACUGAUCUGCGGUCGUUUUCCCAGCAUCGAACACAUCCGCUUCUGCAACUCGGGCACCGAGGCAAACCUGUACGCCCUCAGUGUCGCGCGCAGAGUCACUGGCAAGAGAAAGGUCAUCGCCUUCGACGGCGGGUAUCAUGGCGGUGUUCUAGGGUUUGCCCAUGGGGUUGGAGAGAACAACGUCGAUCCUGGGGACUGGGUACUGGGUGAAUACAACAACGUGGAAAACGCAAAGAACCUGAUCCAAGACACUCCUGAAGUGGCCGCAGUCAUCGUUGAAGCAAUGCAAGGAGCUGGCGGGUGCAUUCCUGCGAGCCUGGAGUUCCUCAAGACCGUCCAAGACGCCGCGGCCAGUCGGGGGGUCAUAUUCAUUCUAGACGAGGUCAUGACUUCCCGCCUCCAUCCAACAGGACUGCAGGGAAAGUAUGCCCUCAAACCCGAUCUCACGACACUAGGCAAGUAUCUCGGCGGGGGACUCGCAUUCGGCGCUUUUGGUGGCCGCCGAUCGCUUCUAUCAGCCUACGACCCUCGACUGGCCACCAGUCUUGCCCACUCGGGAACAUUCAACAACAACAGCUUAGCCAUGAGCUGCGGGUACGUGGGCCUGUCGGAAAUCUAUACGGCUGAAAGGGCUACGGAGUUGAAUGCUCUGGGCGAUUCCUUCCGCGAAAGCCUGCAGGACGUUGCCAGGGGCACCAAGUUGGUCGUGACAGGUAUCGGAGCCGUCAUGAAUAUCCAUUUCAUGAGCAAUGGCCAAGCACCAGCAUGUGCAGCCGACCUGGAAGCACACAGCGUAAGUGGCCUCAAGAAGCUGUUCUGGUACUGGUCUUUGAGUAAAGGCUUUUGGAUCACGGAGCGAGGCAUGAUGAGUAUCAUAUUAGACACCGAGAAGAGCGAGCUGGACACGUUUGUAGAAGCAGUCAAGGGAUUCGUGAAGAGGUAUCAAAAUCUUCUACAGAUCAAGCUUUGA